CCGAACCGAACCGACCCUCCCCCUGCCGUGCCGUGCCGUCUCGGCGCUCGCUCGUUUCCAAGGAGGCAAUUGAUUCCCCGCAUCUCGAUACGAUACUUGGUCGAGCCAGUGGCAGCUGUCGGAGCCCAUUGUGCUCCUGAAGUCGAAAGUGCCGUUAGCACUCCAACGCCGACGCCUAGGACAACACCAUCACUGUCGCGUGUCCUAACGUCCGCCGCCAAAAACAAACAACAAACUCCCCGACAUCAUGGUCGACCGCGGGCCAUCGACCUCGAAACUGCAACGAUGUGGCCUCCUACUGCGUAAUCUCCUGAUAGCCACGCUGGCAUACACCUCCGUCGUCGGCUUCGUACACGUCUACCGCACCGGUUCGAUCUCGCCGUUCUCGCAGGUGGUACAGAAGCCAGCCGUCAUCCCGGAGGGCUCUCUGAGCGGCGGCGUGAAUUGGCGACUACGACCGGAGUCCCUGGUGAAGGAUAUUAACGAUGCUUACCUGGGCGCCCGGCCGGACGUGGACACGUACGCGAACUACACAAGGCUGAUAGAAGCGUGCCGUGGGUCGGCGAUCGGGCUCGAGAGGAUGCGCAACGUCCACGACUGCCUAAAAUUUUUGGCCGAGGGGGAGAGCGAUUACUUCUUUAUUCCGGAGGGGAGGCCGUCGCAGAGCGUUACGGGGUACCCGACAAUCGGGGGCGCAGCGAAGCCGAACAGGAAGAGCUCGGGAGAGUGUCCGGGCCCGGUACAGCUGUACCAUACGUACUGGACGGGCCCGUCGCAGUGGCGCGUGGAGCUGUUCGUCAAGAGCUAUCUGUACACGCAGAAUCUCCCGUGCAGUCGGCUGUACAUUUGGUUGGACUCCGACAGUAAUCCGAAGGCGACGGACGACAUGAUGAAGGAUCCCGGGUUCGCACGGUUCCUUCCGUUGGUCGAGCGUGGCGACAUCAUGUUGAUGGCGUGGAAAUUCCCCUCGAGAAUCCCCCUCCCCAAGGGUACCAUCGAGCAGGACCCUCACUACGCUAAAUACCUAAGCCGCUCCGGCAGCAUCGAGGACGCCACCAAGAACGCAAACGCAAAGGGCGAGACCUACAUCGGCGACGGGCUGAUGAUCCAGAAAGACGGCAGCGAAUGGAUCGUGCUCACAGAGCGACAAAUGACCUUCCUCCCGGUGGCCGUCUCCGACGCUGUCCGCUUCGUCGUCCUCCACCUCUACGGCGGCGUGUACCUGGACAUGGACAUCCUCCUCCUCCGCGACAUGCGACCCCUGCUGCUAACGCCCGACCACAACUUCGCCGAGCGCUGGGCCGUGCACUCACACGCCGGCGAUUUCAACACCGCGGUCCUCUCGCUGAACGCCAACUCCUCGCUAUCCUCGUACCUCGUGCGCGGCGGCGUGCGCAUGGGGCUCAACUUCCACCCCCGGAUCGUCGGACGCAUGGCAUGGAAAGACGGGCGGGUCAACGAGCUCGCCAUGUUCGAAACCGGGCUGUUCGAUCCGAUCUGGGGCGAAUUCAACUGGGGCCGCGAGGGCCGCUGCGCCGUCCCGUGCUUCAAGGACUACGGCGUCGCAUUCGUUGGCACGCGCGACGCGAUCAAGGACGAGUGGCAGAGUUACGACGGCGCUCCCCUCCCGCUCAAGAACACACUCGGCGGUGCCGAUGGAACGCCCACCGAGCUUAGGAGGCGCGAGGCUGAGACAAGUCCGGCUCCCACGAAGGGCGCAGAUGGCUCCUACGGCGGCCGCGACUACCGCGCCGUCGAGGAUAAGUACCCGCCCAACAACCGCACGCUCGAAAACUUCUUUCGCGGCGCUUGGACGUACCACAUCCACAACCAGUGGCUCAAACACCCGCAACCAAACUCGUGGUUCGACGUGAUCGAGCGCGCGCAGGACGGCUUCUUCCGCGGCGAGCGCACCAAUCCCUACGGCGAGCGCUGGGAGGGCCCCGAGGUCAAGGCCUACGAGCGCUGGCCCGAGUUUGACUGAAUUUCAUUUCAUUUGCGAUUUUGUCAUGUGCAAGCACGCAAGCUUAGCUUUUCUUUUUUUAACUGUUUUUACUUCUUGUUGAUAUCUAUAGAAAUUAACGAUUGGGGGGUGUGCCGGGGG